CUCCCUUUGUUUUGAAGAUAAUACAGACACGAGAGUCUCAAUUUAUUCAUUAAUAUAAUUAAACUGUGACUGGAAGAAUGGUAGAGAAGAAUCUUGAAGGGGGUGACUCGUCUCAAGUUUCAUCUUUGUCUUCACCAACAUCUGUGGGAAAUUCUGUGUUGACUAAGAUAACUGAAGGCACUAAUGAAAAUGACAGCAAUUUUCUUGAGAAAACAGUACGUGUCACUUCUAAGACACCAGUGCACCAAGAACUUCCUGCAAGCUUGACAUUGAUAGACAGCAAGAGCAAUCUGCAAGAAAUUUUGGUUGAACAAAAAGCUCCCAUUGGCGGUUCCGUAACUGGUUCAUCAGAAGUAGAUAACAGUCGGUUGCCAUCAAUAAAAGAAGAUUCUCGUAGUUUUCCAUCUGCCACUAAUGAAGUUAAUGAAUCAAAGGAAGCCAUCAGUGACAACAAGAGCAAUCUGCAAGAAUUUUUGCUUAAACAAAAAGCGCCCACUGGUGGUUCCACAACUGGUUCAUCGGAAGUAGAUAACAGUGGGUUGCCAUCAAUAGAAGAAGAAUCUCGCAGUUUUCCAUCUGCCUAUCAUGAAGUUGAUGAAUCAAAAGAAACCAUCAAUGACAACAAGAGCAGUCUGCAAGAAAUUUCGGUUAAACAAAAAGCUCUGGUUGGUGCUUUCAUGACUGGUUCACCGGAAGUAGAUAACAGUGGGUUGCCAUUAAUAAAAGAAGAUUCUCAUAGUUUUCCAUCUGCUUCUGAUGAAGUUGAUGAAUCAAAGGAAGCCAUCAAUGACAACAAAAGCAAUCUGCAAGAAAUUUUGGUUGAACAAAAAGCACCCAUUGGUGGCUCCAUAACUGGUUCAUCAGAAGUUGGUAACAGUGGGUUGCCAUCAAUGAAGGAAGAUUCUCAUAGUUUUCCAUCUGCCUCUAUUGAAGUUGGUGAAUCAAAGGAAUCCAUCAAUGACAACGAGAGCAAUCUUCAAGAAAUUUUGGUUGAGCAAAAAGCUCCCAUUGGUGGUUCCUUGACUGGUUCAUCGGAAGUAGAUAGCAGUGGGCUGCCAUCAAUAAAAGAAGAUUUUCAUAGUUUUCCAUCUGCCUCUAGUGAAUUUCGUGAGCCAAAAGAAUCCAGCAAUGACAACAAGAGAAAUCUGCAAGAAAUUUUUGUUGUACAAACAGCUCCCAUUGGUGCUUACAUAACUGGUUCAUCGGAAGUAGAUGACAGUGGGUUACCCUCAAUAAAAGAAGAUUCUCGUAGUUUUUCAUCUGCCUCUAAUGAAGUUGAUGAAUCAAAGGAAGCCAUCAAUGACAACAAGAGUAUUCUGCAAGAAAUUUUGGUUGAACAAAAAGCUCCCAUUGGUGCUUUCAUAACUGGUUCAUUGGAAGUAGAUUACAGUGGGUUGCCCUCAGUAAAAGAAGAUUCUCAUAGUUUUCCAUCUGCUUCUAAUGAAGUUGAUGAAUCAAAGGAAGCCAUAAAUGACUUCAUGGCAAUGCAAUCUUCAGGAGAAAACACACAUGCAACGUCGCAGACUUCAGUUAGCUCAAGAGAAGACGUCCAGUGUGCACCCUUGCGUAAGGUUCAAAAUGGUGCUUCCUGUUCUGAUUCUGAGAAGACUACUUGUGAGGCGGCACCUGCUAUUUUAACAAAGGUGAAAGAAGACAAACCGCGGGUAAUGCCUAGAUGGUCUGAGCGCCAAAUGAGCCUACGAGACACUCGACAGAAAGUUCCUGCACCUGUGAGGAGAUUGAACAGGGCUGAAACCUUUGUCGAUACAACGAACCCCAUUGAGUCAGUGAAGAUGGCUGCCUCAAAAUUUGGUGGUAGCAUGAACUGGAAAAAACGUAGAGCACUACCGGUGCAGGAGAAUGACCAUGUCAAACUCGAGGUUGGUAUGCUGAAGAACGAAAUUUCAAAGUGCAAAGAGCAAGCAGAGGCCGCAGAGGCUGCAAAGCUGUCUGUGUUCAAUGAGAUUGAGAGAACAAAUAAGCUUAGCGAAGUUCUGAAACGUGAUCUGGAGAGGGCACAACAUGAAGAGGCAGAUGCCAAGGAGGAUCUAGAUUUCUUUCAAUUUAUUGUACCAGAGAUGGAGGAAGGGGGAGUUAGCAGUGAUGAUAGUCUUGCAGGCAAGGAGAUUUUGAAAAAUAUCCAAGAACGUCACAAAGUACUGGUGUCCAAACUGAAUUUGGUUAAUGAUGAGUUAAAAAGGGUUCAGGAGGAUUAUGAUUCUUUACUGAUCGAACAUGACAUUUCCACCAAAAUAUCUCGGGCAGCCAUCACAGUGUCCAUAGAGACUGAGAGGCAAGCAGAGGAGCUCACUGUAGAGCUCAACAAACUGAAGGAAGUACUGGAUUUGGCUCGUGCUACGUGCCAUGAUGCUGAAGAACAGAAGGUGUGUAUGUCCUUAUCUCUAGACGAGGAACGUCUUAAAUGGGAAAAAGAUAUAAGUCAAGCAGAAGAGGAGCUGAGUCAACUCAACAAGAAGCUUUCUUCUGUUGAGGACCUGAAAUCAGAGCUUGAGACAUAUUCCAACUUGCUGGUCAAGUGCAACGAAGAGCUAACUGUAUAUGUGGAGGCGAAGCUAAUUGAAGAAGCACAAGCAAAAGGAACCAGAAAUCAUGAGACCAUGCAAGAAGAAACCAUUUUAUCAAGAAAUGAGCUCGAGGAGCACAUGAAGAGCAUUGAUAAGGCGAGAGAUGAAGUCUGCACCCUGAAAAUUGCUGCUGCAUCGCUUCAGUCAGAGUUAAGAAAAGAGAAAGAAGCACUUGUCGCCAUGCAGCAGCUUGAAGCAACGGCAUCAACUACCAUCAGCUCUCUCGAGGCGGAGAUUAAGCUGGCACAACAGGAACUGGAAGCGGUUCAGGCCAAGGAAAAGGAAUCCCGCGAUAGAACGGGCGAGUUUCCCAGGAUUCUGCAAGCUGCAGCCCAGGAGGCUGAUGAGGCGAAAUCUGUUGCUAUGAAAGCACAUGAGAUGCUAAGAAUGAACAAGGAGGAAAUGGAUCAAGUGAGAGCUGGCCUGAGUACCAUGGAAUUCAGGCUCCAAUCAGCUCUGAAAGAGAUGGAAGCAGCGAAAGAGUCUGAGAGGGUGUCGCUUGAGGCUCUCAGAGAGUUGGAGGAGAGCGAGCUUGCAGCAAACAUCGCUGAACAAGGCUCUCCUCGAACGAUCACACUAGACUUUCAUGAGCACGCAACUCUUGUCGAGAAGGCCCAUCAGGCAGAAGAGCGCGCGCACGAGAAGACAUCCUGUGCGACCGCACAGGUUAAGAUGGCCAAGGAGUCUGAGUCUCUCGUCUUAUCAAGACUCGGCGAAGCCUACAAGGUUCUGGAAGAACGGAAGCAAUCACUGCUCGCUGCCACAAAGCGGGCUGAUACUGCCGCCAAAGGCAAGCUGGCCAUGGAACAAGAACUGAGGACAUGGAGGGAGGAGCACGCUCAGCGUCGUAAGGCAGGCGAAGCUUCGAGAUCUGAAACUAAACCUUCAAACACGGCUGUGGUCAUCUUUGAACGCGACGGGGAUACCAGGGGCACAUGCAAAGAAGAUAGCUGUGCCCUGGUUCAUCCGGUAUCCGAUCCGUCUGCCAGUAACAGUCCUGCUUUGCACGGGAAGACUAGCCGAACAAAGAAGCCUCCGUUCCUACGCCGCAUGAUGAUGUUCCUGGCCAGGAGGAGGCUUAAAGCGGCGGAAUAA